AAGGGAUCCCAGUCCAUCAAGUUAUUCUACCUUACCCUACGAACAUCAUGAAGCAAGGGCAAAGGCCAAAGAAAAAGAGACUCAGGCCAGGGAUGACCGGCGGGGUUCAGGGUUUUACUCUGAGUUGGAGAGAGAGGGUGUGCGAACACGCUCCAGGAGGAGUGACAAAUGUCUCUUCCCUGAUAGUCCAAGCCCUAUUUCAACACUGACUCUUGUAGAAGAGGUUGACAGUGACCAGUCCCAAUUUUCUGUCCCCGGAAUGUCAGGGUCCUUCAAGGCCAAGCCUGCAGCUGCAUCUCCAAAAAUGUCCCCACAGACAAGUGCGAUUCUUGAAUACCUGAGCCUACCGGGUUUCAUUGAAAUGAGCGUGGAUGAACCUUCGGAAGACGCUAAACUCACAGACACUGCUGGACAAAGUUCAGAACUAAAUCCAGAAAAAUCCCCAGGGCAUAAGCCUGAUGUAGUUCCUAGAAACUGGGAGGUUCACGUUCAGGAAAACCGGAAAACACACUCAAACCAAAAGGAGGUUUGGUUUGAGCAAACUCAUUCUGAGGGGGCUGCAGAGACCAGCUCUGAUGGUAGUAAAAAACAACAUAAACGCUCCCUCAAGGUGGAAGGUAGAGAUUCUGCACUUAGAGUAAGAUUUCCAGAUGAGAUAAGACCAUCAUCACCUGUUCCAGAAAAAACUAGCAGGCAGCUCUAUGAUGAGAAAACACAAAUUCGAGUAGGGAACAGAAGCACAGACAGACCUGAAUCCAGACUUGGAUCCAGGUCAGCUCAUACGUUGUUCAGUGCAGCUAAAGGCAUGGCAGAUAUAGUAUCAAAACACUCACAGAGAUUUGUAGACAGUAGUGAGUCUUUAUCAGAGCAAUCCCAAAGACAAGCUUCUCAGGGCAGCAGGACUAAUAACAUUGCAUCACGAAUAUGUCAAGCCCCUGUGCCAUUUCUAAAGAAAUCCUUAAGCAUGGGCCCGUGUAGGACACUCUCAGGUAUGGGGCAGCCUGGUCCUUUCCUAAAGAAAUCCAUCAGUUUAGGCUCACAGAGGUGGGAGCACUUUGAAAGCCCAAGGACAUAUAUUUCUGAAAGAUGCUACUGGGAUGAGUUCCCAAACCCAGAUGUCAGGGUGAAGUCCUAUAGUUUGGGUCACAGUCCAUCUUCCCUUCCAAGACCAGGCCCCUCCUGGAGGGAAUAUGUUCCAUUCAGACGACCCAGCAUGGGGAGCUUAGAGAGGCCUCACCCCACACAAAGAUCUUUAGCUAGUCCUUCCUACCUCACUCCUUCGAUGUACCCACCCAGACAAACCUCAGUCUCCCCGAUGCUGGAACCCUCCGAUCCACGACGACAAGCCGCUGUUUUCCCCGAGUCCUCCAGGUGGUCUCCCUCUUAUCAAGAUAACUUGAGGUCUGCCCAGCAUAAAUAUGUCCCCAUGCCCUCCUCCAUCCCCGUCCCCCAGUACCAACCCUGGCAAGGAUCCAGAGGGGAAAGCAUGAGACCCAUGGACCCCAGGAGGGGCCCUCCGAGGUCCUACUUGCCCAGGGGCAUCAGCUGGCCCUCACCUUACUACGUCUCCUACCCACCAAGGGAGGGAGAGAGUUACAGGCAGCCAGACAGGAUGAUGGGGAGGGCAGGGGAGACGGAGAUCCGGGAGGGCAGAGAGAUAAGGGAGGCAGGGCGGGCCAGUUAUGCCAGUCAGAGCAGCGGUAGAGGUAGCGCCGGUCUCUUCCGACAGUCCCUGUCCAUCACUCCCACACUGCUCAGCUCCCCCGAAACCACAGAGGAAAGCGAGCGGCACAGAGCUGAGAUGGAGCUGCCUGAGAGGAGAGCGAAAAGAAGGAACACAUCAGUAGAUGAGAGUUAUGAGUGGGACUCUGCUGAUGCGUGUGUGGACUCGGAGGUCCUGGAGGCCAUGAGGUUUGAUCAUUCACAAACAGGUUUUCGGAGAGGCGGGGGGGAGCCCAGAUAUGAUCAAGCUGGUGGCCUCCAGGACCGGCGACAGAAAGGUAUAUCUAAGACAGAUCCCAAAUAGCAGAACAGAUGACAGCACUGUGGUCCUCGACAAUGUCGCACCUCACUAGAGUUUCGUCAUGUCAAGGAACUCCUUGUUUAAAGUUUUUAUCCUCUGUAACAGCAGACUAAAAUUAAGCAAUUUAAAGAGUCCUAAAUGCUGUAUGCCAUCAAAUGUGACAGACCGCAACUCCUCAGUUGUUAUCAGAUGACAUGUUCUUUUUCUUGUUCUUUUUCCGUUGUGCUUUGCAUAAUGAAGCUGAGAAGGGAUUAUUUAUUUUUUUCAAGAAGCUCGUGCAACUGUAUUUUGGGAUUUUUUAAAGACCUUGACAAUCAGGCACACAAGGCCCCUUUGAGAAAUGAAUUGUUCACUCUUGACUAAAACUGGUUUACAGUUGAAAGUUGAAAAAGACCUGCUUUAUAAAAGUAGCAGCAUGCUACAUAAUGAAGGUUGUAUUUCAAGUUGAUGUCUGUCACAUCAAAGACUUCCCUUUGAUAACUAAGGGAUACUAAUGAAAGUUAUGUUGUUCUGUGUCCCAGAUUACAUUUAUUUUUGGAAAUGUCUGUAUCUGUAAUGUUGCCUUUGUUGCCAAUCAAACAGUGCAUGAAGCAUUUUCACCACCAUCUCCCUCUGAACAUG